CCUCCGUGCAGUGCCAUCGCUGUCGGCGUUCCCUCUGUGCGAACGCCCCCCGCCGACCACCGAGCGGCCGCCAGGUACUGCCUGCCCGGUUGCCAGCCCCGUGCACGCACCCUUCCUGGCCGCGGGGCUGGGGCGGCUUGGGGGACGUAGCCCAUCCGGAGCUAGCCUGGCGGACCUGCCCAUCCCGAGGGCGAGCAGGCUGGCUCUGCGGCCACCGAGACCGGGUGUAGCGGUCUCCGGUAGAGCCCGGGCGCCUGGCAAGGGCCUGCCCGAAGGGCUGGGAGCGCGGAGGCUGCAGCUCCACUAGGACGCCAGCAGUGCCACGCCCGAGCAGCGGACCCGUGGACCCGCGUGCAAGGGGAGAGCGGUUACUCAAAGGCCGGCAGCACGGGAACUGGGCUUCGGCUGAGAGCUGCGCUGUAUUCCUUCAUCAGGCAGCUUGCACUGGCUGGCUGAUUUUAAGGCAUUUCAAGUGAUCGCUUUUUAACUCACUUGUUCCGUGGCACGAUCGUGGAAUGAAGAGUAUUGAGUAGGACAUGCUGGGCUGGUCCGCGGGACCAGUGACAUUCCAGGAUGUGGCUAAAGACUUCACCCUGGAGGAAUGGAGACUCAUGGACCCUUCUCAGAGGAAGCUGUACAAGGAUGUGAUGCUGGAAAAUGACAGGAAUCUACUCUCCCUGGGGCUUGUAGUUUCUAAACCAGACAUGAUAUCUCAUUUGGAAAAUGGGAAAAGUCCAUGGGCAGUUAUAAGAGAAAUCUCAAGAGCUUCCUAUGGAGAACUGGAGACCAAAUCUACAACUAAUGAUGCUAUACUUUCAGAGGAUGUUUUUGAAAAAGAUUUAUCACAGAAGAUCAUUAUAAAAGAAACUGACAGAGAAUGGCCUAUGGGACUCCAGAAUGGGAAGGUUUGGGAAAUGGAAUGACAAGAUAUUAAGACUGCAAAAUAAUCAGAAGAGUCAUCUGAACCAAAGAAUAAUAACAAAAAAGAAAACUCUUGCUGCUCAAAGGGGCUUUAGAUUUGGAUCUGCUCUUUUUCCAGAACCAGGAAUUGUCACAGAAGAUCCUGGCACAAUCCAGAAUUCCAAAUACAUGAGGAAAAUUUUCACAGAGAAUUUAGAUUUGAUUUCAGAUACCCAUUUGGGGAACAUAAUUUGCAAGUAUACAAAAGGCAACGAAACCAUAAGGCAGAUUUCAGAAUUUAUUUUGAGAAAGAAAUCUAGUACUGAAGAAAAACCCUAUAAACGUAGCACAUGUGAAAAGGACUUUUGUUAUGUCACUACUCAUUCAAUAUCAGGGAAUUUGCACUAAAGAAAAACUUCAUGAAUGUAAUGAAUGUGGGAAAAUGUUCAGCCAGCACUAAUAUCUCAGUCAACAUAAAAAUAUCCACACUGGAGAAAAACUCUAUAAAUGUAAUGAAUGUGGGAAAGCCUUCAUUGUUUCUUCGUCACUUAUGGUACAUCAAAGGAUUCAUACUAAGGAGAAACCUUACCAGUGUAAUGUCUGUGGAAAAUCCUUUAGCCAAUGUGCCCACCUUAAUCAGCAUCAAAGAAUUCAAACUGGAGAGAAAGCCUAUAUAUAACUGUAUCCAAUGUGGGAAAGCAUUUAGUGAUAAGUCAAAACUUGCACGACAUCAGGAAACUCACAAUGGUGAGAAGCCCUACAAAUGUAAUGAUUGUGGGAAAACCUUCAGAAAUAAAUCUUAUCUUAGUGCACAUCAGAAAACCCACACUGAGGAGAAACCAUACAAAUGUAAUAAGUGUGGAAAAUCUUCCAAGAAUACCACAAUUUUUAAUGUCCAUCAAAGAAUCCAUACUGGAGAGAAACUCUUUAGAUGUAAUGAAUGUUGGAAAGCCUUCAACCAUAUAGCAAAUUUCACAGAACACAGAAGAAUCCAUACAGGAAAGAAACCUUAUAAAUGUAAUGAAUGUGAAAAAGCAUUUAUUAACUAUUCAUGCCUUAUGGUCCAGCACAGAAUGCACACCGGAGAGAAACCUUAUAAAUGCUGUGAAUGUGGAAAAGCCUUCAUGUGUUCUUCAUCUCUCAUUAUAUAUCAGCGAAUUCACACUGAAGAAAAACCUUACCUAUUGAAUAAAUGUGUGGAAUCUUUCAGAAUAAAAUCACACUUACCGGGCAGUGGUGGUGGACACCUUUAAUCCCAGCACUCAGG